CAGCCUUCAAAAUUUCUCCUCACUCCUUGUCCAGCCAGGCCUCCCAAGCUUUGGCAUAGCCUGAGCAAGCCUGACAUUCCCUUCACAGACACUAAUUUGGGGCUACUUCAAACCAAUCUAAAAUUAGUUGCUGUUGUUCUAACAAGUGAAUUCAGAGGAACUGUCUUGGCCUAGAUCUAGGUGUUGUCAGUCUCAAUCAAUAUUUGUGAUACUGAUUGUCUCAUAUAAAAGAUGUACAUUCCAACUUUUUAGAAAGUUCCAUUUUGUAAACAAAAGGGGCAACUCUGCCUUUCCAGCCUACAACAAUAUAACCUUUUGUUUUGACUUGUUUCUCGUUGCGUCAAAUGAAUGCUGGUAUUUUCAAGUCGAAAUAUAAUUGCAACCACUGAUGUCUUUGUGUCACGUGUUUAUUGUUCUUCCUUUGAGGAUAGCUUUUGCUCUUAGCAAGUCCAUAUUUCAUUCUUGGUUCAAGUUGCGAUGGACACCUUCAUCAAGAAGCUGGCUGGUACGCCUAGAUCAGAAAAUCAGGAAAAAGAUACAACACAAGAACAAUGGCGAAUUUGUGAAGGUGCGUCUUGGAGAUGAGGUUCACAACAUCUGGACAGUGGUGGUGGAAGGUGACUACAGGGACACAGUUCCCAUCGUCGUCCUCCAUGGCAUGGGAGGUGGCAGCAACAUGUUCCUGAAUAAUAUAGAUGCUCUUGCAGAACAGAGAGAUGUGAUUCUUAUAGAUUUGCCUGGUUUUGGCCUCAGCAGUCGUUCUGAACUUCGUGUGAAGUUUGUAGAUGGCUGGUGGGUGGACACCACAGGGGAUGAUAUAGAAGCAUUUUACACAGAAAUCUUGGAGCAGUGGUUCAAGAAGAUGAAACUCUCAAAAAUCAUCCUCUUAGGCCACAGCUAUGGAGGUUACAUCAGUUCUGUUUACUGCCUCAAGUACCCAAAAAGAGUGAAGCAUCUUAUUCUGGCCGAUCCCUGGGGCUUUCCGCAGCGACCUCCCCUGGCAGACAGGAGGCCAUUCAUGCGUAGCCGGCCUCUGAGAUUGUUGUCGAGGUUGUACUCGAAAAUGAAUAUAUUCACACCCAUUCGCGCUUUGGGGCCCAUUGGCCCAGCUGUUUUCCGUUCAUUGAGAGCUGAUCUUGGACGGAAGUUUAGUUCAUACUUUGAGGACCAUACCCUUUCUCAUUAUCUCUAUGCCUGUAACACAUGUGAUAAGCCCAGUGGUGAGACCGGCUUUGGUCGUCUCUCCAUCCCCUUUGGCUGGGCCAAAAAGCCACUAGUGGACAGAGUAGUCAACUGGGUCCCGGAACUGGAUGUAACAUUCAUUUUUGGGGCUCGCUCGUGGGUUGACUCGCAACCUGGUUACGAGACGCGCAACCACAGGCACGACAACUAUGUUGAUGUACAGGUGAUCAGCGGGGCAGGUCACCACGUGUACGCAGACCGUCCACUGGCGUUCAACAACAUGGUGGACAUGAUCGGUGAAGCGGUGGAUAAUGGCGUCAAGCCAAACAUCAGUCACGAAUUUGAGAAGCGCCAUCUAGCCAUGUCUUCUCUGAGGCGCCGUGCUUCAUGCGCUUCUCAAGCAGAACUCUGCAACGACGAAGCAGGGCUUCGACAACUGCGGGCUUUAAGCGAGUCAGAAAUGAUGGGCUUUGAUGGGGAUGGGGUGAGAGGGGAGGGGGACACGUCGCCCGUGACCUUCAAUCUUGAUGAUACGGUCGUUGAGGAGGGGGCUUCUGCUGCCCCAGUCAGUUUCCACCUGGGCAGUGCACAGGAGAGAAAGCCCACCCUGAGAGCUUCUAAGUCUGGAGGAGGAUUAAAAAAUGUGAAGUUCUCCUCAGACAGCUUACAGAACUCGAGUGCUCUUCCGUCAAGGGGCCAAGGUGGACAGGUUGACAAAGAUGAGGUUAAAGUAGAUGAGGCGGGAUACUUACUUUGUGAAGAAGACUCGGACAUUGGACAUACUGAAACCAGAAAGAAACCUGCCAAGUGAACCAAGCAUGAAGCUACCUCCAAGUAACUAUUCGUUCUGCAUAACAGUGUGGUUUUAAAAAAGGUAUACUUUUCCUCAGAUCUUUCAUGUGUGUGAAUCAGGUUAUCUUAUAUUAAACAUAGGGCAACAAUCAUUACAAAUGUUUUGUCAUAUUCCAUGUCAUAUUUAAUCCCAAGUAAAGAGCAUGAACAAUAUGGGGAAGAGAAUGUAUUAUUUGAAAAGUUCAUGAUGCUUAGGUUAGUUCGUAGUGGUAAAUUAAUGGAAAGUAUGUGUGAGUUUGACUUAAAUAAUGUGGGUAGUCUGGUGUAGUUUGCUCCUUCUUUCCUAACAAAUAAAACAGCUAUCGUCCAUAUUUCUCCUUUUUUAAAAAGAACUGUUUGUUGUUACUCUCAUGUCACACCAAAUUGUCGGCGCGUAUGUGACCUAAUUGUGUUAAAAGUGUCGUAAAAUUCUUACAAAAAACAAAGACCUUACAAUGCUGUUGUAUGUGUGGGCUAUGAGCGGGGCAGAGGGAAAUGUCUGCACUACUGUGGUCAUGUGAAAGAGCAACAUCUUCAGCCCAGGAAAUAAUGACACGGCAAUUGUGGUUCAGAGUGGUCAGUCUUGUGGUCUAAAUGUUGAUUGAGGCUGGUGCCAGGCAUGUCCCUUUCUACUUCUGUACGUUCGCAGCUAACGGUCACACCUCUUUGUAAGUAACAACAUUUAUUUUUUUUAAUGAGUGUUCAUAUGAAAGCUUUUUAAGUGGUUCAAAUUAGUUUUGAUAUAAAAUGCGGUAUCAUUAUGUUUAUGAAAUGUGUUAAACAUGUCAUUGUUCUGCUUCUUUUUUUUUUUCUCUGGUUUUGCUUUUUUGCUUUCGAAGAUCAUAUUUUGAUGUUUGAACAAAAAUUGUCUUAGAGUAGACUUUUGAAUUUUACACUAUACCUCUUCCUCUUUGAGAAAACUCUUUAUAUAUCGUAUUAUUUCAUGAAUGUGAACAUUUUACUUUUUUAUCACUUCUGCGUGGCUAAGCGUUUACACUUGUCUUGUCUCUUAAAAUGAUACAAUGAGCCAUACAUGGUAACGUUUUACAUUUCCACCCCCCUCUCAGACGGGGAGAUAACUCUUGUGUGCAUGUGAACGUCUGGUGAGAGAAAGUGGAGGUUAUUAUUUGUGGCUUCAUCUAACAGCUGACAGUGCAUGUGUUUGCCAUUCUGAUAGGCCAAAAGCCACAGAUAGGUUGGAUGCUCAAGGGAGAAGAAUUGAAAUGUGCUACUUAUUUCCACAUCGCUAUUUUGUGAGUGGAGGGGUUGCUUUCUUUAUGUCAAUUUUGCUGCUGUACAGGAUGUGCGUAGAUGCACUCAAAAAAAUCUCAUAUGACCCUUUGCUGGCUUCAAUCAUGGUGUUCACAUAUCCAUUGUAAGUGUGUUAUAUGGAUUUAAAAGCAUUUUUGAAUCACAAUUUAGCAUGAAUUUUAAUGGGGAAAUUGUUAACAUUCCAAUCAUUUUCCUUUACUGCAGUUUGCCUACUCUACUCCCUUUCAAUUUUGAAAAUUUUACAAUGUUUGUAUACUGCUGUUGUCUAUCACAGUAUUUUUUUAAAAAGUUUAUGUCAAGUGUGUUUUUAGUCAUUUGUAUUUUUAAGUUCUUUGUAAAGUAUACCAAGGUCUUUCGUGUGUUUUCAUGCUUUUUGCUGAUCUGCUAUGUUUUGGGGUGUUUUUUAUGCCAUCACAAGUAAUGAUUUUUCAUCUCGAUGAAAUGUUGACCUACUUCAAUUUAUCCCAAAAUAUUGUGCGCAGAUUAUCUUACUUCCAUUUUGUUGGGAGUGGUCAUGAAAGCAGGCUGUGUUUAUGCAAUUAAAAAUUCUUUCCCUGUAAAGUUAACUUGUAUUGCGGAGAUAAACUCUGCUUUCCCUUCCACCUCUAAGGCAUGUGUUGUCUUCUUACCAUGGAUAGAUUUGAGCAACAAUAUUAGUACUGGGGUCCCAGGAAAUAAUGAUGAAAUAUUAUGUGGCACCCUUUGACCUAUUUAUUACGGUAGUGAUGUAUUGGUUUGGAUGUUUUGAUAAUGGUGCCCUGGCGUGGGCAUGACUGCUCUGCCUGCUUGGAAUAUUAUUCUUUGUCUUGUAGAGUAAUGAACUUCCAUAAGAACAAACUGUAAGGAGUGAUAUCCAUCUACUUGUACUGUAGUUUUUCCUUUCAUGGAUUGUCUACUGAUUAGAGGGAAGGGAUGAUGGGUCUUCUUGUGUUGCGAUGGUCCUUUUAUUUAAAUUAGCAUGUCAUGUUUAGUUGAAACGAAGAUUCUGGUAUCUUUACUUUAAUAUGGAUUUCUCCUCAGUUUCAGAUAAGAAAAGAAAAUCGUUCAUUUGCAGCACUAGAGGUACAGCAAAAUUUGUACAGGAAUCUAUAUCCAAGGAGUUUUGUAUCUUUUAUAAAAAGAGUAGGAGAAAAGGUAGUUUAAGAAGAUCCUCAAUCUGAGAGAUUUUACAAAAUGUCUUCACCUGGGUGGGCAGGUAGCAUAAUCUGUUGAAAUAAAGUGGAUUUUUAAAUUUUUUUUUUUUUAAAGGAGUGAAAUAUAACAUAAAUACAAGCUUUGGUGUAGCCUAAUGCUGCUGUCUCAUCUUCAGGUUUUGAGCAUAGUCACUUGUGCCUUGCUGCUAUUCUGAUUUUUGUUUCAAAACAGGGGUAGGGGCGCUUAUUCCUUACGAACCAGUGAAAAGGGUCUGAAUUGAAAUUGAAUGUCUGAUGUUUACAGAAAACCAUCAAUGCUAUGCAGGGGGGAAAAGUCAGCCAGACUAAUACCCUAGUCUUAAUUGGAAGGAGUGGUGAGUGAUGUGAUUUUACACCUUCAGAUGCACUAUCUGCAUCUCAUCUAGUUUUACCUCUGUCUGUACAUCGAGGGUAGGCAAGUGAAACAUCUCAUUUCAGAAACUUUAUACUUUUUAGGAGAAUCUGUAGAUUUUCUCCUUCACUGUGUCAUACUUGCUUUAUUUUUUAUUUUUUUACUCCUACCAUUUCAGAGCAGUUUGUGCUGUUGCAGGCUAACGUUUUUGAUGCAAUGUGUGCCUUGUUGUGUACUUUACAAUGCUUUGCUUCUCUGCCUUCCAUACCUUUCAUGUUUUUCUAUUAAAAAAUUUUUUUUUGCUUGUAGCUGUUGUUUUUCUGUAGCUCUAUAUCAUAUUUCACCGAGUUGUUUUUGUAGUGUAGCACAGCAUAGCUGCCCACUGUCCCGGGCCAUCCGUAUUUUGUUCGGAUUUUCUUGAAAAAUCGCUGUUGUCCCAGAAAUACGGAUUUUGACCGACGGUCCCUGAAAAUAAAAGCUUGGCGAGCAUACUUCUAAAACAGAAAAACUAGCCUUCUGUUGCUCGGGAAAAUGACGAAAAUUCGGGAGAGUUGGCAGGUGUGCAGUUUCGGCAAAGUCAGCUGAUAUGCAUGCGCGGCGCUCGGCUUCUUCAUUCGUUUGAAAAGAUGGUGUCAAAAUGUUCGGCGAUGAGUUCUAAGUCAGACUCUGGACCAAGUAAAGCAAAGAAACCAAAAAGGCAGCAAGUUUUUCUUGACAAAUACAAAGUGUCCCUGAUAAUUAAUCAAUGUCCCUGAUUUUGAGCAAGGCUGUCCCUGAUAGCCACAGAGAGGGGUGGGCAGCUAUGGUACAGUCAAACCUGCUCUCAUGACCUCCAUUCCAAGACAACCACUUGUACAAAUGACCACUUCCCUCUUCACGCAUUGCUUUUUUUUUGGCUUUUUGGUAUUUGACACUGUCCAAGAUGACCACAUUUUGUCCACAACGUUGGAUAGACAUCUUGGAUAAUUUUGAUAGUGUAUUCUUUUUUAAACCUUGAGGAGAUGAACAAGCUACUUUUGAUGUGAGAAUGAAAUUUCUCAUUGAUUUGAAAUUAGGGUAGCUCAUGACAGGCUUGGGUUGUUUAUAUAGACUCUUGAAGUGUGUUGCUUGCAUUACAUCUUGGAGAGUUAUGACUCCACGACUGUUUUUGCUUUGAGUGUAAGAGCUUUAAGUAUAUGUGGUUAUUUUUGGCCUUUGAUUUAAAAGGAAAAUGUGUGAUUCAGGAGAGUAUAUAUUCAAAUAUUGACAAAAGUAGUCAAAUUUUUAGGUAUUCAAUACCUUAUAUGUGUUGUAGAUAGUUGUUGUGGAACGGUCUUGUGGAUAGCAAUUACCUCGAAGCAAAUGUUUAUGUAUAUGGGGAAUUUUUAUUCCAUGGAUAGUGAAAAAUUUCUCUGUGACGCUGCUCAUGUUUGAAUUUUUAAAAAUAUAUUAAAUAUUUGAGUCUUUCAGAUUUUAUGAUAUAUAGUCUUUUGUUUUUGUAACAGUAAAUACUAAAGUAGUAAAUCUUCUUGGUACAUAUGUAGUUUCCUUUCAUGCAGCAUAGAUGAGAAUGUACACUCAAGUUCUGAUAGGGAAUAUUUGACUGUCAGUAGCCAUGUUGAUGGGUCUGGCUGUUAAUUUUAUUUUAUCAAUUCUAACCAGAAGUUUGAGGUUGUUUGUUUGUCACUGGCCAACUUUGUACUGGUAUAUAUUAUGAGAUUUAUAUCGCUGAAGCAAUGUGAUGUGUGAAGACAUAUUCUAGCAAAGACUAGAAUGCUCAAAAGUUGCCACUCAGUCAAAAUUCUUCAUGUCUUUCUUUGAGUACUUCUUUCUCAACCCGGUGUCCCGAUUGGGUCAAGUUUGUUUUUUUUAAGCAAUGCAUCUUAAAGGGCGUCAAAUUGCUCUUUUAAAAAAGCGUGAUAUUGAAGGGGAUCAAAGUAUGUGCAGACAGAUUAUGUGACCUUUAGGCACAUAGUGUUGCAGAUCCUUUCUAUUUCUAUCAUGUACUGGAGUCCAAAGUGCCUGACUAAGAUCGACCGUGAGGUUCACUUAAUUUGACCUGAUGUUUGCUAACUUGGACAUUUCUCCAUGAAAAAUUAAAGUUAUGCUCAUGAUCAAAAGAUUUUUGGGAUAAAUAUUGUAACCUGUUUGUUUUUAACUUGAACGAUGAUAAUGUGCUAUUGGCACAUUAGCCUAAAAUUGUUUCGUAUUCUCCUAGAGGAAUUUUAUUCAUUCUUGCAACCAUUCUGCACUUGACCUUCAGUAAAUAUAUUUUUUGGAUCAGGUUGAGUAAGAAAGUACAACUUCAAAGGACUUUAGAUUGAAAAAAGAACAUUUUCAUCGUUGUAACCCAAUGGGUAUCAUAUAGUGUGUGUUUGUAUUUUUAUGCAAUGAGAGAUAUCAAUAUCAUGUACCUUUCUGAGGUGUGCAGGAAAAAGCAGUGUCUUGUCGUGCCAUUUGUCUGCAUGCUGAAACUUGCAUUGUUUAAGCUUAAAUUUUUCAUUUUUAUAAAGUAAAGAAUAAACCGUUGUGUUCUAUUUUA